AUGAGGUAUUCUACAAUAUACAUGUUGUUCUUCUUUUCCAUCUCAACAUUCUCAAUUACUUCAAUAGCUCAUUUCUGUAUUACUCCAAAAUGGAAUGUUUAUGUUAUUAAUACUAUCUCUGGUGAUAUUGUUGCUCAUAUCAAAUCCGGAGACGAUGAUCUUGGGAAUCAUACCAUUCCAUUCAAUGGAAAUUACAAUUGGUCUUUUUGUGAUAAACUUGGUGGGUCCACUCUUUUUUACGGUGACUUCUGGUGGGGUUCAAGGUUUCAAACCUUAACAUUGUUUGAUGAAGAAAUAGAAAUGAACGUUUGCUAUUUAGAGAUGGAGCAUAAUACAAAUUGUUAUUGGUUUGUAAAACCUGAUGGGUUUUAUAUAUCUGCAUAUCCAAAUCCAAGUGGAGAUAAGCUUGAUAUAUUAUAA